AUGCUUGGAAACAUUGCUCCACCCCAAUUAAUGGCGGCAUGGGAAGAUGAUGACACCGCCGAUAAGGAAAUCUGUGAGAACAUUCAGAUGCAAGCGCAAAAGGUUAUUUGGCAGCAUCUAAUAUGGUAUCCAUUGCAUAUUCCAAAGCAUAGCUUGAUUGCUUGGAUGACCAUUUUGAAUCGACUACCUACAAGAGAUCGUUUACAAAAAAUGGGAAUUAGCACGGAUGGUCUUUGUAUAAACUGCAACUCCCAUCAAGAAACGAGAGAUCAUCUUUUCUCUAAUUGCUCCUUGGCUGCUGGUAUAUGGAAAUCUAUCAUUAUCAUGAAUGGGAUGAACUUUUCUGCUUUGACAUGGGAUGAAAUGGUAGCUCGUGCUUGUUCCUCUUGGAAAGGAAAGUCCCUCUUAACUACCAUUUUGAAGAUAUCUUGGAAUGAUUUCAUAUAUUUCUUGUGGCAAGAACGGAACCACAGAUUAUUUCAGGGCCGUUACCGAUCUGUUGAUGUUAUUCUUAAAGAUAUUGUUGAUGUAGUUGCAAUUCGUCUUAGGGGCAAGACCAUAAAUCGACUUGAUAAUACUAACUUCUUUCUUUGUAAAGCUCGGGGUAUAGUCUAG